AUUAUCUUCAUCUUGUUACAGAAGAAAAAGAAAAAAAAGGAAAAAUAGUUGCCCUUCGAAAACAAAUUCAAAGCGAGGAGAGAGAAGUAAGAGAGAGAAACUAAUGGAGUCCUUCUUCCAAUCGUCGCAAUCUCGUUUUGGAAGUUCUUGGAAUUUCAACGCAUUCAAGAAUCUUAGUGAGAUUUCUCCUGCCGUUCAGUCGCAUCUCAAGCAGGUAUACUUGACAUUAUGCUGGGCCUUGGUUGUAGCUGCACUUGGUUCAUAUCUGCAUAUUCUAUGGAAUUUUGGUGGUCUCUUGACAACUUUGGCUUGUCUGGGCUGCAUGGUUUGGAUACAUUUCACCCCUCCACAUGAGGAGAAAAAAAGGGUUGGGCUGUUGAUGGCGUUCGCUGCAUUUCAAGGAGCAUCUAUUGGUCCUCUUAUUGACUUGGCCAUUCAGAUUGAUUCAAGCCUUUUGGUUUCUGCAUUUGUGGGUUGUGCAAUAGCAUUUGGAUGCUUUUCUGCAGCUGCGAUGUUUGCAAGGCGUAGGGAGUACCUCUACUUGGGGUCUUUGCUUUCAUCUGGCAUGUCCAUCCUACUCUGGCUGCACUUUGCUUCUUCCCUCUUUGGAGGAAAAACAGCAUUGUUCACGUUCGAGCUGUAUUUUGGUCUUCUUCUUGUCGUGGGUUAUAUUGUGUUCAACACGCAAAUGAUCAUUGAGAAGGCUUACUCUGGAGACUUGGACUAUGUAAAGCAUGCUAUGACACUCUUCGUUGACUUUGUUGGUUUAUUUGUCAGGAUCUUAAUCAUCUUGAUCAAGAAUACGAUGGAAAAGGAGAACAAGAAGAAGAAGAAGAGAAGUGAUUAAUUUGACGUGCUUCAUCACCACCAUCGAGCUUGUGGAUUCAGCGCGUUCUCUCUAAUUCCUAAAUCUAUGAACUCUGCGUUAUAGUUGUAACGGUUUUAAUCUUGUUGGAAAACUUAAGAGUAAAGAGUAGUCUGAUGUUGCUGAUGUUCGUCACAUAACCUGUAGAUAUUUGGAUACAGUAGUGGAGUAAUCGUAUCUUAAACCUAGUAGUUUGAAUGAAUUUUUGGUACUAUGUUCUUUUGUUGAUAUGGGUAUUUCGUACAUUUUGAA